UAGAGGACAACUUCUAGAGAUGGCUCAAGAGGACCCGAGAGAGACGUCCCAACAGACGGAAGAGAAGCGCACCAUGAACCAGGCUUCUCCCGCUGUUAUCGAGAUUCAUGACUCUACGACUGAAUGUGAGGAAGAGACGAGAACCAGUCCAGUGCAGAUGGAGGAGAAGGCUUUUGUGUCCAGUCUGCACUCUUUCAUGAAGGAAAAAGGUUCACCUAUAGAGAGGAUCCCACAUCUGGGCUUCAAACAGAUUAAUCUUUGGAGGAUCUACAAAGCCGUUGAGAAACGUGGAGGCUACGAUUUGGUGACGACACAGCGUCUUUGGAAGAAAGUGUAUGACGAGCUGGGAGGAAGUCCGGGAAGCACCAGUGCUGCUACAUGCACUCGUAGGCACUAUGAGAGGCUCGUGCUGCCAUUUGAAAGACACGUUAAAGGAGAGGAGGACAAACCUCUGCCCCCAAGCAAACCACGGAAGCCGUACAAGAGAAACUUGGAUGGGAAGAUUAAAAAAGUAGAGCUGAAGAGAAAAAGGAGUCAGUCGGAUAGAGAGAUGGAUUCUGAGACCCAGAGGAGUCCAGUGGCCGACUGCCAAGGUGAACCAGUGAUUCAUCCUCACCCUGCUCUCUGGGCUGCUGCAUCUGACAGAAAAUAUCCAGACUGCUCUCAGCCAAUCAGAGCCCCCACUGAUCUUUGCACUUCUGUCUACGCCCUUCUCCCAGUGUCCACAUCUAAUCCUUGGACUGCUCACAUCCCUUCUGCUGCUGCUGCAGAGGUCAUCUCUCCUCUGGAGAAAAAAAAACGCAUGGCUCAGGCCAGCUUGAAUUUGCCCCCGAGUCCACAGAGCGAGGAUAAAGAAAGGCCCUCGGUCAUCCGCUGCUCCCAGUCUCCAGCCCGGGCUUCUUCCAGCCACAAGUGCAGCUCCUCCGAUGAUGGCUCCCCGCUGCCUUUAUCCUCCUCCUCUUCCCGCAGCCCCUCCCCUCUCUCCGUGUCCUCGGAGGAUGAACCAACAGGGAAUGAAGAUAAGCCUGCAUCAAGCUCAAAGCUGAGCCAAAACUGUUGUAGCUCUGUUACAUCCAACCGUGGUGAGGACAAUGAGUCUGUGAGCUGUACUCAGGUGUCAAAAGACUCUGCACGACCAAAUAAGCACAUCUCUCAGGUCAGCUCCCAAUCACUAAACGCUGACUCAAUAAAAAGCCAAAUUAAAGAUCGGGAACAAGUCCACAAAGUGGGUAGCAAAUAUUUCACCCAUCCUUUCCAGUCGACUCCUUCCUCCAGUUUUACCAAAGUGAUUCCAAAAUCGGUGCAGCUUCUGCGGCCUGCUCCCAUGUGGCCGAGUUAUAAAAUCCACCAGGGCAGGUUGGUGCACCAGGACGGCCAUCAGAGUCAUGCCAAGAAGCUGAGCAACGUGGUUCCACGGGUUUAUCCGACAGAGAAGAGGGAGAAAUCCAGGGCGAUGCUACAGAAAAGUCCUGUCUCUCAGCAGAGUGUGUCCCAGGCCACCUCCUCCCUGCCGGUGCUGUGCGUCCUGUCCAGCUACGACAAAUCAGGGAGAGACUCUCGGCAUCCGCCUCCAUUCCACCCUGUGUUUCUCCCCAACAGAAUGAGACUGCCACAGUCCCAGCUGAUGUACCGUCAUAUACCAGUGGGUCCAGCUCCCUCUGCUCUAGCUGGCUCUUUUGUUUAUCCUUAUCCUUACCCUGUUCCACUGUUACACCACCCUCACACCGGAUACAACCUGCCUGCCAUGAAUCCAAGUUAUCCUCGCAAGCUGUGAUAUUUCAAUUACAGUCACUUCACACAUUUGCACAUGUGUUUAAAGUAUACAAACUUUAAUGACAUGUAUUUAUGAAUAUGACAAAUUCACAGUAGACUUCUGAAACACAGCAGUUUCAAUUAAAGAUAAAGAUUUUCUUCCUUGUUUGUCGUCACUUGCAUAAUUUCAAUACUUUUGAAACUAAGAACUUUGUUUUCUGUUCCUCAUUGUACUGUAC